CGGAAGUACUCCUUCUCUGUUCUUCGUUGGUGCUCCGUUUCUCGACGUCCCUCCAUGAUAUACGUCCAUUCAUUUUUGAAAUUGUAGACCUUAAAAUUCAACACUUUCGUAGUUUUUUGUAGACUAAGCCGAGAUGAUUGAACCUAAGAAGAGAGUGGGGGACAUGGCGGUGGUCCCUACUGCCGUGAAGCGGCCCCGGACGGAGCUGGUGGCGGCGGCUCAGUCUCAGCAACUCGUGGCCAUGGGUCCCCCACGCAGCUCCAGCCUGCAGGCUCCCAUUAUGCUGAUGUCUGGCCACGAGGGUGAAGUCUACUGCUGCAAGUUUCAUCCCAAUGGAGCCACACUGGCCUCCUCAGGAUUUGACAGGCUCAUAUUGUUGUGGAAUGUGUAUGGAGACUGUGAUAAUUAUGCAACUCUGAAGGGCCACAGUGGAGCAGUGAUGGAGCUGCACUACAACACAGAUGGCAGCAUGCUGUUUUCGGCAAGCACGGACAAGACUGUCGGUGUGUGGGACAGUGAAACAGGCGAGCGGAUCAAGCGCCUGAAGGGCCACACCUCCUUCGUUAACACCUGCUACCCAGCCCGCCGAGGACCUCAGCUCAUCUGCACUGGCAGCGAUGAUGGAACAGUCAAACUGUGGGACAUUCGUAAGAAAGGUGCGAUCCACACGUUCCAGAACACCUACCAGGUGCUGGCUGUGACCUUCAAUGACACCAGCGAUCAGAUCCUUUCUGGAGGCAUCGACAAUGACAUCAAGGUGUGGGACCUGAGGCAGAACAAGCUGAUCUACAAUAUGCAUGGUCACGGUGACUCAGUAACUGGACUCAGCCUGAGCUCUGAGGGCUCAUACCUUCUCUCAAACUCCAUGGACAACACAGUGCGUAUUUGGGAUGUUCGACCAUUUGCACCCAAGGAGAGAUGUGUGAAGAUAUUCCAGGGCAACGUUCACAACUUUGAAAAGAAUCUGCUGAGGUGCUCCUGGUCUACUGAUGGCAGUAAGAUAGCUGCAGGUUCAGCUGACAGAUUUGUGUACAUCUGGGACACCACAUCGCGUAGGAUCCUGUACAAGCUGCCGGGCCACGCUGGCUCCGUCAACGAAGUUGCCUUUCACCCGGAGGAGCCUGUAGUGCUGUCUGGCUCCAGCGAUAAACGGCUCUACAUGGGAGAAAUUCAGUAGGGUGUGUGUGUGUGCGUGUGUAUGAACUUGAAUGAGUGUGUGUGAGGGUCCUGCUUCAGAAGUGGAUGGGUGGUGUUCUACAGCGGGUUAGGAGUCUCUGUAAUUUCAUGUGCUCCAUCUUGUCACUGAACAACCUCAAGAUGUGUGUUUGAAGUCUGUUAUGCUCAGUCAAGAACCUUCACAAUGACUUUUUUUUAUUUUGAUUUGCUUCUUUUUAAUAAACUUCUGUAUUCUGUAAAAAAAA